GCCGACUCGCCCACGCAACUCCAUCGGUCUCGCCUCGCACAUCUUCCUCACCGCCUCCUACCCCCGCCCCGCCCCGCCCACCUCGCCGGAACCCUACCUCCUACCCCUUCGCGCCCCUGCCCGAUCCGCCGAUCGUCAGACUUGGCAAGCGCAAUGGACUCCGACUCCGAGAUGCCCGUCGCCAGCGACGAGGAGAUGGUGGACGACGAGGACUACUACUACUACAGCGACGAGGGUGAGGGCGAUGACGGGGACGCCAGCGGCGGCGGCGCCUCCGGCGACGAGGAUGUAUCGGCCGGAGACUACGAGGGCCGGGAGGCCGAGGGGAGCGACGAGGCCGUCUCCACGCGCGAGCAGAGAUACAUUGUUUUAUCCGAAAAGGAUAUAUCUGAACGCCAAGAGGAAGAUAUAAGCGAGGUAUCUGCAUUACUGUUGAUUCCAAGGGAAGAAGCAUCUGUCCUUCUUCACCACUAUAAAUGGGACAUCAGCAAGGUGAAUGAUGAAUGGUUUUCUGAUGAAGACAAAGUCCGUGGUAUUGUUGGCUUACUUAUGAAUGGAACUGAUAUUCAUAACUCGAGGAAGCUAACUUGUGGAAUAUGUUUUGAAGGGUACUCUUCAGAUAUGAUGAGUUCUGCGGGCUGUGCUCAUUUUUAUUGCCAUGAAUGUUGGGAAGGUUAUAUCAGCGCUGCUGUAAGUCAGGGUCCGGGAUGUUUGUCAUUGCGAUGCCCUGAUCCAUCGUGCAGUGCUAUUGUUCUUCAAGGCAUGAUAAAUAAAUUAGGCAAACACGAAGAUAAAGAGAAGUAUGCACGAUUUGCCUUGCGUGCAUAUGUGGAAAGUCGCAAGAAGACGAAAUGGUGUCCAGCUCCUGACUGUACAUGUGCAGUGGAAUUUGUUAGUGAUGUAAACUAUGAUGUCUCAUGUAACUGCACAUUCCGAUUUUGCUGGAAUUGCACAGAAGAAGCUCACAGACCAGUGAACUGUGAGACUGUUUCUAAGUGGAUUCUGAAGAACAGCGCUGAAUCUGAAAAUAUGAACUGGAUACUGGCUAAUUCUAAGCCCUGUCCAAAAUGCCAACGACCGAUAGAGAAGAACCAGGGAUGCAUGCAUAUGACUUGCACACCUCCUUGCAAAUUUGAGUUUUGCUGGUUAUGUCUGGGUUCAUGGGUAGAACAUGGUGAGAGGACUGGUGGCUUUUAUGCUUGCAAUCGCUAUGAAUCGGCAAAGAAAGAGGGAGUUUAUGAUGAGGCUGAAGCAAGGAGGGAAAGGGCUAAACACUCACUCGAGAGAUAUAUGCACUACUAUGAACGCUGGGCAUCUAAUCAGACAUCGAGGCAGAAGGCAAUAUCAGAUUUGCAAAAGGCGGAAAAGGAACAACUUGCAAAGUUAACUGAUAUUUAUGGAAUACCGGAGACACAACUGAAGUUCAUUAUUGAAGCUUGGUCACAGGUUUGGUGUCAUAGUUUUAUGUUAUGGUCAAACAGACUUUUGACACUUUGUACUCAGCAAAUCUUCUUAUAUCUGAUGAUGCAUCACUACACUGCAUUACAGAUUAUAGAAUGCAGGCGAGUGCUUCAAUGGACGUAUGCGUAUGGCUAUUAUCUCGAGGACAAGGUCAAGAGUGGAUUUUUUGAGUAUCUGCAAGGUGAAGCUGAGUCUGGUUUGGAACGUCUCCAUCAGUGUGCUGAGAAAGAUCUGCUAGCGUUUUUGCCAUUCUCAAAACAUGAUACUACUGAAGAUCAUCCUUCACCAGCUGAAUUUGGUGAAUUCCGUGUGAAGCUUGCUGGUCUGACAAGUAUAACUCGGAAUUACUUUGAGAACCUUGUUCGAGCAUUGGAAGAUGGGUUGGAGGAUGUCCAGUGUGCCGGAGAGGCUGCAACCUCAAGCAAGGCCACCAACUCGAAGAAAGGAGGAGCUAAAGGCAAAGCGGCGAAGAAGCAGCCGUCCAGAUCAUCUUCGGACCAUUCUGAUGAUACUUGGCCAUGCGAGCGCUGCACAUUUCUGAAUCCCUCUUCAGCGGAUGCGUGUACUGCCUGUGAUAAGCAGCGGUACUAGUAGAUUAAUAAACGGCUCAAAAGGCAGUGACGCAAGAAGCUCAAAGCGCAUGAGAACAUGUGUGUGCUUUAUGCUUUAGAAGGUGAAGCAGAGCUCUCAACGGGUGCAACGGUGUACAUAAGAAAGGUCGAAGGUCCGUCCUAUGCUUUAUGUAGAUCCAAACGGAUAUCAUUGGUUACAAGGUCAAUGUGCUUUCGCCUGUGUGUUGUAAAUAUUGGUUACGAAUAGGUGUAGUGUGGUGGGUUUCUUCUGCGGUUCCACCCACCUUGCUCCCUUCGUUUCUCCUAACCUAAAACAUAUUAGGUUAAGUCUUAUCAAGAAUUGUUUUAUUAAUAUAUGAUUUCUUUUUGUGGGGAA